GACUUCUAAGAGUAGAGCAGAGACUUCAAGUCAACACUAUCACUAAGUGAGUAAUUUCAAUUUAUGUUCAGUAAGUCUAGGUUAUAAGUCUAAAGAUUUACUUAAUAAUUACUUAAUAAUUUGCCUCAAUUAAUAGCGUAUUUAGGCAGUAUUAGGUUUUUACUAUUGUUUGUCGCAUGUGAAGAUGACCAAAGCUGUAAUCCUAAUUACUCAAUGGUGAGUAUGCAGGUGGUUUGUGAAUCCUUUUUGUGCAUGGAAAGAGUGCUGGCAAGUAGGAGACAGGGUGAAGUGUGUAACUAAGUUUUAGACUUCACUUUAUAAUAUCAGUUAGCUUAUUUACCUUAACUUAAACUCAAUUUUAUGUCAUGCUAAGAGAGAAUGUAAAGACCUAAUUCUACUUAAACUAUAUAAAAAUUCAGUAGGUCUAAUAAAAAUCAAUUAUUAAAUUAACAUUCAUAGAAAUUCAUCAAAUUAUUUAAAUGUAUUUAAUGUUCAUGAAAUUAGAUAGAAUGGUUAUAGACUACACAGUCUUUAUUUAAUGUUUUUAUUAAUUACAACAGAAAAUGUCCAAACAUUUCCGGACUAAGGUGCCACCAUCCAAAACUCUAAGUCGUAAAGAAAGAAGAAAAGAAGAACGCAAGCUGAAAAAAGCAAGAAAAGAUGCAUUUGCACAUCGAAAUUUUGUAAGUAAUUAAUUUUUAUCAAUCUGUAAUAACAUUAGUUCUCAAGCUUAGCCUAGAUGGUAAUCUGGUUAGGUAAAAGGAAUUGAUUGAGUGAAUCAGUAUGGGAAAACCUGAAGUAAAGGACGCAACAAAACAAUGAAUCUGUCAGCAAGAAGCCUUUUUCACUGAACAAAGAACACUAAAAACAAAAUUAAAUUAAAAAAAACACUUAGCUGUUAGCUGCAAUCUAGUAUCCAAGUGGACAGCAAGAGAAAUAGAUGCCUACUGCAAUGUAAGUCGUUUUAAUUGUAAAAGUGAUUCAAGGCCCAUGAAAUCAUACGUGACACUCAGGAAAAUCCUUGCCUUAAAUUCAACCAGUGAAGUAUCCCCUUCAAAACCAUGCGCAGCUACAUCGCAAACCCUCUACAAAUAUAGGAGCCAGAAUGAUCAAUACAUUGAUAGUGGACCCUCAAAAUAUAGAAGAAGAGAUCAGUAGUUUAUUAUAAAGCAUAGUCUAAGAAUAAACAAUGGCACAUUCCUAAAAGUAUUAAAAGAAGCUGCCAUUCUCAUAGUAGGCCUCAUGGGUUUGUUUUUUUUCUGUAAUGAAAUGGUGAGAUAAACUAGACAGCUUUUUAAGCCAAGUAUUAACAAAAAUUAUUAUUUUAUUUUUAAAUUGAGCUCUUCUUUUUCUAAACCACCAUUUUUACUGUCCUGCCUUUUUUAUUUAAAGCUUAAACGUAUCUUGUGCCACUAAUUCCUUCCUUUUGUAACUUUAGGAUCGUAUUAAAUCCUUGAAAGAUAUUGACACAGCUUUUAAAGCCAAGUGCCAAGAACAGAAAGAACAACGAUUAAAACUGAAAAAAUCAAAACAGCAAACUGAAAAGAAAGAAGAGAAGAAAGGGGAGAAGAAAGAAGAGAAUAAAAAAGAGGUAAUCAUGACAUUUUGGAGGUAUUCUUUUACAUUUACUGGAAUUUCAUUAAGAUAUUUGAUAAAAAUAAUUGAGAGUAGAUAUAUGUCCUCGCCCAAGAAAAUCACUGAAAACUGUAUAAAACUUUCAUGAAAAAUAAUAAGCUUGAUUAACCUUAUUUGAUCAAUGUUGAUUUCACUAAUGUUGUCGAUAUUUUUAUGAGAAAUAUUUUCUUUGAAAAUUAUUUAUUUUUCCUUAUAGAUAGGUACACAAUAUUUGUUGGCCAUUUUUAUUUUGCACUUUUUGUCUUAGUGUUUUUUGUGUCAUAUUAUUAAACUUUUCCACCUUUUUUUUUCCAGACAGAAGAUUUUCGGGUUCAGGGAUUAAAGUUAGCUAUUAAAAAAGAUGAAAAGGAGCUUAAGCAGUUGGAAAAAAACUUGAAAUUUAGGAAAAAGAAAGGAAAAACAUUUUUGCCAUCAUCCUUUGCAAAAGAUGGACUUGACUGUAUCCUUUAAAUUUCUUCAUAAAAAUUUGUAUUAACAUAUUAAUUAUUUAUUUAAAGUGUGUUUAAUUAAUAAAUACUAUCCCUUGAUAAUUCUGUCAUGAAGCAACAUUAAAAGUCACCCAGCCUUAUGCCUUUCAUGCAGUGGAGGAUGAUAAUGCUGUAGUAGAUAACUUUAAGCAUUAACCACAAUAACUUACAUUUAAUUUUUUCAAAAUAUGUAAGCACCUCUUUCACUUUUCUUUAACCCGAAUAAAGAUAUUUUGGAUGCCACUGAUUCAGAUAAAAUCAAGGCAUUUGAUGAUGUUACCCCUGGAUAUGGGAACAGUGACAGUGAUUCUGAAUCUGAGGAUGAUGAUCUCUCUGAAGAGAAUACUGGAUCAGGUAAAACCAUGAGUUUGAAAUUCAAAAUUUAAAAAAAUCAUAUUAAAAUGAUUUCUCUUAUUAUAUUAAUAACAAUUUAGUUUUUUUAUUUAGUUUAGUUUUAUUUAUUUGCACAUAAAUGUUAUCUAUUUAUGUAACUAUACACAACUUUGACAAAGGUUUUUUUUUACCACAGAGUCAGAGGAUACGAUGACCAGGAAAGAGUGGGACCCUUCUGCAGAAUCUCCAAAGUCUAUUCUCAAACCAGCUAAAAAGGGUAAAAAAGAUGAAAAGAAAGUGAAAGUCAAAUUUGCUGAAACUCCCUUGAAGGGAAAAGCAGAAAAUAAUCAGAUUUCUGAUGAAGAAUUUAUGUCUGAUGAUGAAGAAGCCUCGGUCGAGGAAAGUGAAACUGAGGUGAAAGAAGAAAGUGAUGAAGAUGUAUCGGGGGAUUCAUCGGAAGAUGAAACAGAACAGAAGAUCUCACGCAAAAGAUCAAGGCAAGAGAUGGAAAAUCAACUGAAAGAAGAUAUCUACGGAAGACUCAGAGAUUCAGAAGGCAAUAUCAUUAAACCCUCUGAUGCAGGAACAUACAUCCCACCAGCUAAAAGAGCUAUGAUGGCCGGUGGGCAUAAUGAAGCCUUACGGAAAAGGUUAAAAGGUCUUGUCAACAAGUAAGCACUUCAUGUUUCAGUAUUGUUAAUUAAACUUGGAAUUUUCUUUUCCAACUUCUUGUUAUUUCUUACUGUUCCCAUAUUGGAAAAUCAGGCUUGACCGUCACCCAUAUCUGUUCAUUAUAUUGGUGAAUUACAGGGGCAUUCAACCUUUUAAAUUCAUGUUACAUGAUGCUUAUAAACUAUUGUUCAUUUUUUUCAACUUUGUAUAGAGUAAGUUACACUGGACUCUUUAUAUGUGUAGACAUUGAGUUGUUUAUUUAAUGCUCAAUAUUUAUAUGUUGUUUUACAAAUUAUCUUAGAUUAUGACUAUAUAUAACUGCAAUGAAUUAUUCUUUUUGAAAGUGCAAAGAGCUAGAAAUAUUUAUAUUUUUUUUGUUUGAAUAUAUAUAGUGUGACAUGGUUUUUUUUUUUACUAACGCUAUAAUUAAAUGUUCACAUUUUUUCAAACCAGAGUGAGUGAGGGAACCAUUCAGGCCAUUAGCUCACAAGUGGAGACCUUGUACAUGGACAAUAGUAGAGCUGAUGUGAAUGAAGCUUUAUCUGAUCUUAUCAUGGAGGCUGUGGUUACUCCUGUAUUAUGUCCUGAGAGACUUGUGUCAGAGUUGGCAAUGCUAGUGGCUAUUUUGUACAGCAAUGUAGGAUCAGAAGUGGGUAGGUUCAAAAUAUUUAUCCAUCCAUCCAUGUGGUGCUACAGCCUAUGUGGGGGUUAGGCCUUCCUUCCAAUCAGACCUAACUGAUUCUUUUCUUUUCCAUGCUUGGAUUCCCAGCUGCUGUAUAUCUUUUUUCACAUCAUCCAUGUAAGCUUAAGUCUGAAUUUUAGCUGAUUUCCCCUGGGGUUUAGUUGCUGCACCCUCUUCACUCCUCUGUCAUUUGGAAUUUUCUCGAAGUGUCCUGCCCUUUUUUAUUUCUGCUAUUAGCGUGGGAUCCUGAAAUAGACUACACAAUUCCUGGUUGGUUCAUAUUUUCCAUCCAUACUAAUCCUUUGUUGGUCCAUAUGUUUUCCAGAUAACUUUUCUCUCCCAAUCGGUUUAAUAGGUUUUCUGAGGUUUUUGUUAGGGUCCAAGCUUCACUUCUGUAUGUUACAACUACAAUUGGUCUAAUCACAGUUCAAAAAUAUUAAGUGUCUUAUGAUUUGUUUUUAAACUUCACACGCCUGUUAUAAAUAAUUUUUUUAAUAAGCCACUUGAUAAAAUUUAAUUAUCUACUGUUUCAUUUUAUACUUUAUUUUUGUCUGGAUGCACUUUGUUUCCAUAAUUAAAAUAUGCUAGCUACUUAAACCUUUUUAAAAAGCACAUAUCUUCUUACUUUUAUCUUCAUUUUCUUUUAUUACAGGAGCAUUUUUUAUUCAAAAGUUAGCUAACAAAUUUGAUACACUUUUGUGUGAACCUGAGUAUGGUAAUGGGAAGCUAAUGGAAAAUGUUUUGCUUCUAAUUGCAAACAUCUACAAUUUCAAGGUUUGUCGUUGAAUAUUUAGAACUGUAUUUGGAAUGUUGGGAUAGAUUAUUGUGAAAAAUUGUAUUCCCUUGUAAAAAAAUAUCUUUAUUUAUUAAGUUGAUAUAUUUAUAUCUUUAUAUAUUUUUAUGAUUUAUAUAUUUUUAUGAUUUCAAACUGUUUAUAGUUACAUAUAAAUAUAUAUUUUUUAAUAUUGUUUUGAAUGGAAAAUCAAUAAGUAGGCAAAUCACCUAUGUAAUUUUUUAAUGUUAUUUUCACAGGUCAUACACUGCAAAUUGAUUUUUGACAUGAUUGAAAAGUUUGUCGCAGAAUUUCAUGAAAGAGAUAUAGAAAUACUGCUAUUUCUACUAAAAAGUAGCUAUUCUUUUUACUUUUUUUGUAUAUCCUUACUUUAUCAACCUUUUCUUACUUUAUUAGUUUUUUCCCUUUAACAUAAAAAUGAUCUUUUUAACAGAAAUGAAAUGAAGUGGGUUUUUUUUUGGUGCCAAUUUUAGCUACAGGUUUUAGUCUUCGAAGAGAUGACCCUGCAAGACUGAAACAAGUCAUUUUAGAUAUCCAAACCAAAGCAAGAGCCGCAGAAAAUUCUGGUGAAGAAGGAAUGCAGUCUCGUAUACGUUUCAUGCUGGAUAUUCUUAUGGCAGUUCGCAAUAACAACAUGCGCAAAAUUCCUAAUUAUGAUACCUCUCACAUUGAACAUUUAAAGAAAAUCAUCAAGACUUUUAUAAGGGGUAUGUUAUCUUUUUCUUAACCAAAAAAUAUUUUAAUAUAUAUAUUGAAAUGAUAAUCCUAUUUUAUCAUUUACUUCAACCAUCUUACAAGCCUGAUUACUUUAUUUCCCGAAUUCACACUCAGUGUAUCAUAAUUGUGUGAAAUUGUUCAGAAUAAAAGCUUAAUUUUAAAUUCUUCAAAUGCAAUUAGUCUUAGCUAAAUACAGAUUUUGAAACCUCUUCUGCAAUAAUUAAUACAUUAAUAUAGUUUUUUUAAAUAAACUUUUUUUUUUCAUUGUUUAACGUUUUGUCGUAAUAUUUUUGCUUGUUUCUAUUUCUAUAAAGUAAUAAAGCAAUAUGCUUUGGUUUUUUAACAUGAUUUCAUAUUCUUUAUUAAUUUGAUCUGUCAUUCACUGUCAGCAUUUUGUUUUUUCUCAUAGCUCAAACACUGGGCGAGGAUCAACUGAAUAUUAGUCUUGAGGAUUUACUCAAAGCGGACCAUGUUGGACGUUGGUGGAUUGUGGGAUCAGCAUGGGAUGGCAGAAAAGAUGCAUUUGAAAAUGCUAAAGGUAACUUUUCUAUUUCCUACAUAUCUUUUGUAUCUAUUAAAAAGUUAGAAGUAUAGAAUGUAUAUUUCUUAAUAACAUAGCUGUAUAUUAAAAUAACAACAAAAAAUAAGAAUAAUACACACAUUUACAAUUUUAAUUUACUAUAUUUGUUUUUUUUAAAUGUGUAUGUCUGUCAUGCAUAAGGUUAUUUAACAUCUAUUCUUCUAGAUGCAAAGUCUAAAACAGAGACUUCUGUAACUGGAACUUUUAGUAAACAAAUGUUAAAACUGGCCAAACAGCAGGGGAUGAAUACAGACAUACGAAGGCACAUUUUUUGUAUUCUUGGAACUAGUGAGGUUAGAUUUCAAUUUUAGCCUCUUGUUAUCUUCAGCAUAAUAUAGAAAUAAUUUGAUUUUCUUUUGGAAUGCCAGGUAUAUUUAACAUUUACUAGUAUUUCUAUUAUUUAAUAUCUAUAAAUAAGCACAGCCAACAGUUAAUUUAUCUCUUUUCACAUCUCAGGAUUUUGAAGAUGCAUUUGCCAGGCUAUUACGUCUAGGCCUCAACCGGUCUCAGGAAAGGGAGAUCAUUCACGUGUUACUUCACUGCUGUAUGAAUGAGAAAGAAUAUAACCCUUUCUACAGUUUUGUGGCGCAAAAAUUCUGCACUUUCGACCGCAGAUUUAUGGUAAGGAGCUUCUGUAAAUUCAAUAAUUUGGUGUAAUCAAACUCCAUAUUUAUCUUGAACCAUAAAAAAAAUUUCUGUUGAAAAGGCGACAGGGCUACAAUAAUUUGUCCAUAUUUUAAGGAUUAAUUUUAAAUGCAACAACUUUCUCUUGUGCCAUUUUUUAUUAAAUUUAUUUAAAUAUUUAUAAUCCACAUUGUUCUCAGAUUAAAUUUAGUUAAAGUUCUUAAUUUAAAUAAGUAUAAAUGUAUUGAAGUUGGUAUGUGUUAGAGAGGAUGCUGGUGCUGCAGUCUAUUGUUACACUUAAGUUAUCCAUGGCUUUUGUACAAGUAUUGCUUUUUAAAAUUACAUUUUACAUUUCAUAUUUUAAUCUGUCAGAUCACGGUGCAAUUUAGUAUGUGGGACAAGUUUAAAGUAAUGGAUUCCAUGGACAAAGCUUCUCGAAUUAAGCUUGGGCAUCUCUUAUCACACCUCCUGCUCACAAAAGCAUUGUCUGUUUCCAUUUUCAAGGUUUGUUAAACAUUCUUUGACAUUGAGUUAUGAAGUUUUGAGAAAUUGAAUUUUUUUAGAAGUAAAUCUAAUUUUAAUUUAGUGUUAAAAGUUAUCCGGUAAUUCUGUAACAGAUAAUAUCCUAAUAAGAUUGAUUUUAAUCAUUUAUUUCUCAAUUAUUUAAUUCUCAGGUUGUAGAGUUUGGCAUGGAAAACAAAAAAAUGAUUCGCUUCCUUGUUCAAGUCCUUACAGAAAUUUUAACCAGUCCAAAUGAAACGACUGUUGUUGAGAUAUUUGAGCGCAUAGCCCCAUUCCCUAAGUUGAAAACUCUACGCCAGGGCCUCCAAGUUUUUAUGCGAAUCCACUUAAAAGAAUCUAAUGAAAAGCCAGGAGUUUUAUUACAGGAGAGGAUUGAGAAGGCUGAGUCUGCUAUGUUUAGUCAUCAAACUUCCAAUAUGUUACUCUGAACAGCAAAUAAUUAUGUGGGUGCCACUAUCCUAUACAUUAGUAGUUUAUGCUGUUUCAUUUAUAUCACUUAUGUGAUUUUGUUUAGGCCAGGAUUAACAGCUAAUGGUUUACAAAAUGUUUAAAGUAGAGUGUUUGCAUUUGACCUUGUCAUUUUACAUUUUCAAACAAUGGUAAGGAAUAAUGCAUUAAAAUUGUGCAUUUAUUUACUUGAUAAUAUACUUUCACAAUUGGCAUGCAAACAUCUGGUUACAUUUUACCACUCCACCCUUUUAAAAAAUGGUUUUUGAAAAUGGAAAUUUAAAUUUUGGUUUAAAAUUUUUUUUUAAUAAUUCAGAAAAUGACUUGAAAAUUAAAAACUAGCAAAUGAAAUUGUCAUUAGUAAUCAUUAUUCUCAUUUACAUAUUAUUAUUUUUGUGUAACAUGAAUGAAAUGAAUUAAUGUUAAAUGCACUUUUGCACUGUACAAUUUAUUUUUUAUUUUGGAAACAGUAUAACUGAAACGUUCCAAAAUAAUAAAGGA